AGCAAGUUGAUUUUUCAGUCUGUGUAUUGUGCAGAUUAGCCAGGCGUUGUAAGCUGAAUUGGCCGGUCCAAUUCAACGCGGAGCCGAGUCUGUCGAUGAGGAGUUGCUAUUCUUCUUCUUCUCUCUGUGGGAUUUCUAGAGCGGCGUGGAGGCACGCGGUGGCCGGCACCCUGACUCUGAGCGGCAUCCGCCACCAGCACCAGCACGGUCUGCGCUACCUGCCCCUCAGGCCUCCCGUGCCACCCAUUGCCCUUGGCCUCGCUGAGCGCUUCUUCUCUUCCUCCUCGCCCAAGCGCUCCACCAAGAGAUCCGCCGCGAAGAAGACCACGCCGCCACCGAUGGACUCUGCCGGCGGCGACCCGUUCUAUGUCGUCCGCAAGGGGGAUGUCAUCGGUAUCUACAAGAACCUCGCUGACUGCCAAGCUCAAGUCAGCAAUUCGGUCUGCGAUCCUUCUGUGACUGUGUACAAAGGCUAUUCUCUGCGUAAAGACACCGAGGAGUAUCUCGCUGCGCGCGGGCUAAAGAAUGCUCUGUAUUCCAUUAAUGCAGCAGAUGCAAGAGAUGAAUUGUUUGAUGAUCUGGCUCCCUGCCCUUUCCAGCAACCUGAUGGAACCUCUACUUUGAAAAGGCCACAGGAGACGGAAACCGGACCAUCAAAGAAGCAUCCCAAAGUCGCUGAACAGGAGCCAUUACCUGAUAGUCAUCUGUCCUGCAUUCUUGAAUUUGAUGGUGCUUGCAAAGGAAAUCCCGGGAAAUCAGGCGCCGGUGUAGUAGUAAGGCGGUCAGAUGGAUCUGUGAUUGCUCAACUACGUGAGGGUUUGGGUAUUGCAACGAAUAACGCUGCUGAAUAUCGUGCAUUGCUCCUGGGGUUGAGAUAUGCUGCUAAGAAGGGAUUCAAGUAUGUUCGUGCUCAAGGCGAUUCUAAGCUUGUCUGUAACCAGGUCCAAGAUCUCUGGCGUGUUAGGAAUGAUAAUAUGGCUGACUUGUGCAAGAAAGUCAAGGAGCUGAAGGGAAAUUUUCUUGAGUUUCAAAUCAACCAUGUGUUGAGGGAAUUUAAUUCGGAUGCUGAUGCCCAAGCUAACUUUGCUGUUGAACUUCCUGUUGGUGAAAUUCAAGAGCAGUCAAACUUCACAUGCUAGUGGCUGUGCUUCAGAGUAGUUUGCGGCGCCUUUUUUCUUGCUCAUUUCACAUUGACAGAAACAAGAAUUCAUUGUCGAGCAUGCAGUUGGUACGUAAUUUGCAGUUGAUCCGUAAGCGUGGUUACGACCUGGAGUCAGAGAUAGUGGGGUAAGCAGAGGAAACUGUGUCUAGAUUUUUGGAUGAGCAGCUUCAGUAGCCUGGCACUAGUGUUUAGCUUAUACUGAUAUUAUGCGGACUGCAUACAACAUCAGAGACACUAUUUUGUAGCAUAGUUAAAUUGGUAUUGCCUCUCGGAGAAGGGAAAAAAAGAUGUUACUGCUGCAAUUUGUCUGUCUUUUAACGCUGUUCAGAGUCGCAAUGGAAGCAUAUUUCUUGCA